AUGUUCCUACCAGGCUCACCACAGUCGUCGGUCGGCACCGAUGACGCUCCAAGCUUCGGUCAUCGUCAUGCUCGUCCGAGGAGGAGCUUCAAGAAAUCUCGGAGAGGAUGUAGAACAUGCAAAGCAAGAAAAUGCGACGAAGUCCAUCCCAUCUGCUCGAACUGUUCAAAAAGAUUCCCUGGCUUAAAGAGUUGCGACUUUGAACCUUUUGUAGAAGUCACGGGACAAGGCGGAGAAACCCUGAGGCCAAGGAAAAGAACCAGAAAUACAGUCGAAGAUUCAUUACAGGCUUCGUUCGCACCUCAUCCGACUGGUCUUACUCCGGAAGGGCGUUCUCGCCUCCUUGAGUUAAAACUAAUGCACCAUUACACGAAUGUAACAUGCACUCAACUUCCGGACGGAGAACUUGCGGAAGGCAGACGUGUUUGGUCUGUCGACAUCCCUCGACUAGCUUUCCAGUCAGACCUGGUGCUCAAUGCGCUGUUCGGUAUAUCCGCUCUCCACUACUCAGCACUCACACCUAAAGAUCCAGUAUUGCCGUACGCCGCUACAUUUUACUUCGACAAAGUGGUGCGGAACCACCGAAUUGCUUUGGCGAACGUUGAUCGAGGCUCUGCCGAGGCAGUCUUGGCUACUGCGAUCCUAAUUUGCCACCAUACUUGGAUUUCGGCUCACAGCACAACUUCCGAUGGACUGUACGAAGUUCCUCUUCAGACCUACUACAUGGCACGUGGGAUACAAGCGCUCUUCGACCAAAUGUGGCCUUGGCUGAGAGGGUCUGCUUACUUGUGGUAUAUUGAGAGACAGCCGAUCAUGGCAUCCGGGGAGAUUGCCCAUCAAACCGAAUGGGCGACAAACGUGCAAGAGGAUCUCGCCCGCGUGUCCGAUACCUUUGAAGACGACGAUGUCUCUACAGAAGAUAAGAUCAUCUACGAAAAGACUGUCGCAGAACUCUCGUCCAUGUGUUGUGCCAUCAGCAACAGUGUAUCACAGCAGCAAUUACAGAGACGUGUUGCGACCAUGCCAGUCAGAUUGCCAGGGCGAUUCCUGGAGCUGAUCGAACUCAAAGAUCCACGCGCGUUAGGUCUUUUGGCUAGAAACCUUGCUCUCCUCAAAGUUAUAAACACUGUCUGGUGGUUACAUGGCUUGGAGCCGUCUCAAUUAGUGACGGAAACGUCAUUUGCAGGUAUUGCUGGAAUGCUACCAAAUGAAUGGCUGUGGAUUAUGGCGUGGCCAGCGAAAGUCAUCUCAGGCGAAAUGCGACCCUGA